AUUCGAGGCAUCACCCUUAUUACAAUGAUUUAAUGAUAUUGCUUGCAUACCUUGAUGCCUUUUCUGCCUAUUCGACUUUCAUUUGCGCAACACAACCUUUGUGUUGACACGCCCAUACGCCUAACAUUGCGACCAGAUACACACAGCCCGGUCAUCGCAUCGCUAGUAUUGUUGACCACAUACCUCGAGCAAAGUAGUAACGCACUCCUCGUGGUCAAUUCAAGAUUCAUACAGUAAAUCGAGGGAGCCACAGUCCACAACCUGCAUUGUAUGACACCCCUCUUGGCUAUUGUUGGUCACGUUCUUUUGGCUUUAAUCGUUGACCUUCUAGCAGCCCUGGAGUCUUGCCAUUGUCGGCUUCGUAUCGCGCCGACGCGGCAGUCCAACGGCUCUCGAACACUGACCUCACCAUUGAUAUUGAUUUACUCAAAUUGAUCGCGCGUCGUAGAUUUGAUUAUUUACACUGUCGAUGACUAAUGAAAAAUUGUCUGCUGGAAUGAGCAACAGUGGCGCGACUUCCAGACGCCGCACGCCUGGGAAGCCAGGUCGGUUUGAACCUUCCGAGCCGCUUCAUAUGAUGACAAGGAGACACGCCGCGCGAAGCGGCAAUGAUAACGGUUCACCUUCUCUUAAUGGAUCUUUCGAUGACAAUUACAGUCGUCGAGGAUCGAUCGAUGAUAUAAGGCCGCAAACAUCACAGAGUCUUGGCAGUCAGCAAUCGGUCAAGGACAUUGACAUGAUGCGCUCGCCUACGCGCAAACGGAAACGAUCAUCUCAGACGCCACCAGAAACGCCAAACGAGAGACCCGCAAUCUUGGACGCUCCUCAACUGAUUGUACAGCAAUACGACGAUAAGCCGAAGGCGUCCGGUAUGCAGAUCUCCGAUCGAGAGAGUGUUGGCAGCGAUGAACCAGAUGCAGAAUUUGGCUCGUUUGUCUUGAAAGCCAAGCCAUCGACUGAACUCACGCCAGCGGACUCUGAGGCCGUCUCGCCAAUAUCUGAAACGUCCAAUGCCAACAUCUCAUUGGCGAGGAAGGUCGAGGAACGCGUGCCGGGAAUCGGAUUGCCCUUGCAACCUGAGGAGCCAGACGACGUCGAUGAUGUCGAUGAAGGCGCAGAUGCUGACGAAAUCGACGAGCCCGAUGAAGUCGACGAUAUUGACGAUCCUGACGACCAGGCGAAGGGAGAAGGUGAUAGUAGAUCUCGUCGGAGAUUUUAUGGCAGACGGCGCGCUGAUCAUCACGUGCCGGCGAUUGAAGCAGCCAUGAGACGACAGCUGCAGCUCAAAUCGUCAUUUCGAGCCAUUACGCGUGCACUCAAACCAGUACUGGCGGAGAUAGCGCUCAAGACUGUGGAGCAGCUCGAACAAGAUCCUACGAAGCACGAGCAAGUGGUCGAAUUCACCGGCCACGAGUCAGAAAACGGCGUUGAUCAACAAAUCGCGAUGGCCUUCGAGCGUCGUAAGGCUCAACUGGAUGCACAGCUAAAAUGGAACAAAUUGCAGCUCCAGCGGACUCAAUUGGCUGGGCAGGAGAUCAGUAGAUCAAAAUGCGAUCUACAGAUCGAACAGGCGCGGGAGGAGCAUCUAAGCGAUCUCGAACAUCAAUGGCUCGUGUUAGCACGUGAAGCUCAAGUUAAUCAACACCAGGAGCCAGCAGAGACUGACGACGAAGACGAUGAUAUAGUGGCGAAGCUGAAGGGUAUGGCUUACCGCUGUCAACGCACAACUGCGCUUGACUCCAAGUACGAUUCCAGAAGUCGUGUGGCCAUCGAGACUCAACGUGCCAUAGACGGACUGCAACUUCGGUUCGAGAUGUUCGAGAUGCUCAGAGAUGAAACAGGCGAGCAUCAUGUGCGCCCAGUCGAUUUUACUAUCAUGGACAAUGAACGGCGACAACUUGCAAUGGCUCGUCGCGACGCGUGCACGAACAUUCAGACAAUCCUUGCCGCUUUUGAGGAAGAAGAGCGGAUAGCCAAGAUUUCCAAGAUCCCCGUGAUUCCGAACGAGAUGGCGCACGGAUUACAGCUACUAGGUGACCUCGUUUCGCGGCCAAUUUUCGACCGAACACCAGCGUUCCUUCCCCCACCGAGGCAUCUGCCCAGUCUCAGCUAUGUACAGCCUGGUCAGCAUAGUAUGCGACCACCUCCCCUACGUCCACCGAUACACAUGGAGGUGCACGAGCACGACAUGUCGCCGCGAACUCAACACUACAUGGAACGUCCCACGCAUGGCAACACCUAUCAUGAUCACUCUAGACACGGCAGCUUCUCAGAUUCAUCCCGUCGAGACCUGCAUCUUCUGUCUCCGGCGUCCAGCACCAGUCGAGCUGGUUCUUUGGUCCCGCUCGCGAUGAAGCUUGCUGAGCACGAGCACGAUGCCCACAGAGCAACAAUGGCUCCAUAUCGUCAUGCAAGCUAUGAGCCCGGUCUGCACCCUGCUGAACGGCCCGACUCCUCAUAUCGAAGCUCACGAGAAAUGGAUGAGAUGCCGAUGGAUUAUUAUCAUCGUCGUCAAUUCUCAUUCGACCAUGCUCCAAGACCUUUGCCUCCGCCAGAUCGAUCUGUGCAUGAAUUUUCUCGAGGUGGACCACUCGUUAUCGAACGCAUCGAGCCGCGAGAUUCGUUGAGACACGGUCAGCAUCGAUCUGAGCUGAUGGAAGAUCCCAGCAUCAAUGAUCAAGCAUACCCGCCACAUUCGGUGAGAUGGGGUGGGCCACAAAGUCCCGAGGAUCAUGAUGCCCGACCAGACGAAAGGCCAUCUCCCACGCCGAAGAAUGAGCUGUCUCGGGAGGAUUCCGACAACAAAGCUCCACCAGCGCGAAACGCUUCCCUGAAUCUUUCCGCGGCCGAUUUCAACGGCAGUAAGGUACGGGCACCUCGCCAGCCGCGUCACAAAGGCGUCAAGAUCAAUUUUGGCACAAAAGGCACCAAAUCUGAAAGGACAGGUACGACGCGGAGGGCUUCUAAAGCGCAGAAUCAGGAAGAAAAACGUCCGUUGGAGCCCAAUUCGCCCCGUGAAGCAGGACCGUCGAUCCAUCGCUUCCGCCUCAACACUGAUCAGCGGCCACGAACACCACAGCAAGGCCAGCCAUGGCAAGGCUCGCCGCCACGUACUGCUCCACUUCCGCUGCCUCCUAGCGAAUACAUCUAUACAUCUCAGUAUGGACAUACUGCACCGCCACCGAUGGGUUUCGGCUAUGGACCGCCUCCAUAUGAGCACCAUGCGUCUUACCCUCAUCCAUACCAUCACCACCGAAACGGUGGACCGGGACAAACGUCACAAUAUUCAGGGCCUCCUCCACUGCCUCCGCCGCCCGGAGGAUGGCAGCAUCAGCCUCACAGUCCGCUCUAUGGAGUUCCUCAGCCUGUGCACCUUGCUUCUGACCCAUGGCAGCAGCAUCCACCGCCACCGCCACCGCCACCUCCAGGCUACCCUCGAGCUCCAUCAUCUCGCGAUGGCCCACUUUCAUCAAGCAUAGGACAUGCCCCGCCACAUGGUAGUCCAUACGGACCGAGCCACUUCGGGCAGUAUGGGGGGCCUGCGCUCGCUCCGGCCACACCAGACGGGAGGGUCUGGCAUGCUGGCUCAGGACCGUCGCACGCACCUGCAUUUGCACAACAGCAGAGACAACAGGAAGGAGCUGGCACCAGCACCAGCACCGGCGGCCGGCAACGACGACGCACUAACAGUGAUGUGCCAGCCAACUCCAAGUUUCAGCAUUGGGCGCCGCGCCGUCGAGAGUGACGUGGCGGGUACUGAGAAUACAAGCCAACCAGAAUGGAGUUCAUUUCUGAUUUAUAUUGCUAUCUUCAUUGUAUCAAUCAUAUCACAGUGACCAAUUACACUUGUCUAUAGAUCUGAUUGCCUCACGCGCCAGCUAAGAUUCGCGGCCCUCUUAAUGAAACAAAUGAGUAACACACA